GAACCAGUUUUUAUUUUGUUGCUAUCAAAUUUCCAAAAUACAAUGUUAUAGCCUUUUGCCUGAGGCAGUUAAAUGGAUUUCUUACUUGUGUGGCUUUUAAAUAACUUGCAUAAACGUUUUCUGUGCUAUAUUUGUGAAUAAAAAUGAUUUUCUAAUCAUGUAGCACCUUGAAAAAUAUUUUUGUAAAUGUUAUGAAGGGUGCAAUGUUAGUGACACAGGUGCAAAUAUGUUUCUAAAUCCAGGAAAAGUCUGUUUUCCAAGUCAGGUUUGUUCUCAAUGCUUCAUCUAUCUUCAGGCCUCAAAAGGAUUCUAAAGCAUUUCUGGGUUUAGUGACCUUUUCUAAAGAAAAAUAAUUAAGGUUUUAAUCUAUAUGGUCUUGAACUUAAGCACGGCUGCUCAGGAGCUGGAUGAAUAAGGAGGGAGAAAAAGCAUAUUUAAAAUAAAUUAUUCCGAAGACACGGCUUAGUGAAAAGGUAAAUGGAAAUAGGAACUUUAACCAGUUACAGCUUGGUGUGCAGUUGAAGAAUCAGAUUUUGCAUUUAUGAUUUUUAAUCUAAGAUUCAGAGGGAGGAAUUACUUUGUUCAAGGUCUAUUUAUGGUAGAGUUGAGUCUUUAGACUCCUUUGAAUUUCUUUUUAUUAAUCCAAACAUAUAUUAUUAAACACUUUUUUUUUUUUUUGGAUGCAAUUUUGGCUUUUUCUGAGAGAGCCACAUUCGAAGUCAGGCUGUCCUAGUAGCCAGCUGUGUGAUCCUAGGCAAAUUACUUAACCUCUCUGAUCCUUAGUUUCCUUAUCAGAAACUGGGAAUAGUACUCUGCAGGGUGGUUGGGCAGAUGAAAUAGAAUCACCUAUGUAGUGUGACCCUCCCAUAGUAGGGCCUCCAUUAAUAUUCAGUUUUUUCCUCUCAUUUCUAUUGUUUAGAAGGACAGUAACAUGCAAUGUCCUGCGAACAUUUCCAAGUCGCUUCCUCUCCUCCAAAAGCUUCAGCUGCCUGGCAACCCUCCCCGCAGUAUCAAGCAGGCGCAUUUUAAAGUCUCUUUAGCGGGAGGGCAGGGUUAGAGCCUUCGGUCACUUGUUUUCUAACUUGACAUAAAACAACGUAACGCAGUCGCUCAGCGAGCCGUUGGCCAGCCUCGCUCGCCCGGGGAGGAGGGAGAAGGUGGCGCGGGGCGCGGGGCGCGGGACCAGGCCUUAUUCGGAGGCUGUCGCUGCAUCCCUACGGCCGCAUCACGGCCGAGCCCUCGCCUCCCGCGCCGGUGUCUCCGGCUGCUCGGAGGCGUCGGGAGCCGCGCGGGACUCGGGGCGGCCCGGGCGCGCGGCGCUGAUUGGCAGAGAGGGCGCCGCCGUCCAGGAAACGGCUCGGGUUUCAGUGGGGGCGUGACCCGCAGCGAGGAGGCGGCGGCGGCGGCGGCGGCGCGGGCGGCGGCUGGAGGAGAGCGCGGUGGAGAGCCGAGCGGGCGGGCGGCGGGUGCGGAGCGGGCGAGCGAGCGCGCGCGGCCGCCACAAAGCUCGGGCGCCGCGGGGCUGCAUGCGGCGUACCUGGUCUGGCGCGGCGACUGCUCUCCGGGCUGGCGGGGGCCGGCCGCGAGCCCCGGGGGCCCCGAGGCCGCAGCUUGCCUGCGCGCUCUGAGCCUUCGCAACUCGCGAGCAAAGUUUGGUGGAGGCAACGCCAAGCCUGAGUCCUUUCUUCCUCUCGUUCCCCAAAUCCGAGGGCAGCCCGCGGGCGUCAUGCCCGCGCUCCUCCGCAGCCUGGGGUACGCGUGAAGCCUGGGAGGCUUGGCGCCGGCGAAGACCCAAGGACCACUCUUCUGCGUUUGGAGUUGCUCCCCCCAACCCCGGGCUCGUCGCUUUCUCCAUCCCGACCCACGCGGGGCGCGGGGACAACACAGGUCGCGGAGGAGCGUUGCCAUUCAAGUGACUGCAGCAGCAGCGGCAGCGGCGGCAGCGCCUCGGUUCCUGAGCCCACCGCAGGCUGAAGGCAUUGCGCGUAGUCCAUGCCCGUAGAGGAAGUGUGCAGAUGGGAUUAACGUCCACAUGGAGAUAUGGAAGAGGACCGGGGAUUGGUACCGUAACCAUGGUCAGCUGGGGUCGGUUCAUCUGCCUGGUCGUGGUCACCAUGGCAACCUUGUCCCUGGCCCGGCCCUCCUUCAGUUUAGUUGAGGAUACCACAUUAGAGCCAGAAGAGCCACCAACCAAAUACCAAAUCUCUCAACCAGAAGUGUACGUGGCUGCACCAGGGGAGUCGCUAGAGGUGCGCUGCCUGUUGAAAGAUGCCGCCGUGAUCAGUUGGACUAAGGAUGGGGUGCACUUGGGGCCCAACAAUAGGACAGUGCUUAUUGGGGAGUACUUGCAGAUAAAGGGCGCCACGCCUAGAGACUCCGGCCUCUAUGCUUGUACUGCCAGUAGGACUGUAGACAGUGAAACUUGGUACUUCAUGGUGAAUGUCACAGAUGCUAUCUCAUCCGGAGAUGAUGAGGAUGACACCGAUGGUGCGGAAGAUUUUGUCAGUGAGAACAGUAACAACAAGAGAGCACCAUACUGGACCAACACAGAAAAGAUGGAAAAGCGGCUCCAUGCUGUGCCUGCGGCCAACACUGUCAAGUUUCGCUGCCCAGCCGGGGGGAACCCAACGCCAACCAUGCGGUGGCUGAAAAACGGGAAGGAGUUUAAGCAGGAGCAUCGCAUUGGAGGCUACAAGGUACGAAACCAGCACUGGAGCCUCAUUAUGGAAAGCGUGGUCCCAUCUGACAAGGGAAAUUAUACCUGUGUGGUGGAGAAUGAAUACGGGUCCAUCAAUCACACGUACCACCUGGAUGUUGUGGAGCGAUCGCCUCACCGGCCCAUCCUCCAAGCCGGACUGCCGGCAAAUGCCUCCACAGUGGUCGGAGGAGACGUAGAGUUUGUCUGCAAGGUUUACAGUGAUGCCCAGCCCCACAUCCAGUGGAUCAAGCACGUGGAAAAGAACGGCAGUAAAUACGGGCCCGACGGGCUGCCCUACCUCAAGGUUCUCAAGCACUCGGGGAUAAAUAGUUCCAAUGCAGAAGUGCUGGCUCUGUUCAAUGUGACCGAGGCGGAUGCUGGGGAAUAUAUAUGUAAGGUCUCCAAUUAUAUAGGGCAGGCCAACCAGUCUGCCUGGCUCACUGUCCUGCCAAAACAGCAAGCACCUGGAAGAGAAAAGGAGAUUACAGCUUCCCCAGACUACCUGGAGAUAGCCAUUUACUGCAUAGGGGUCUUCUUAAUCGCCUGUAUGGUGGUAACAGUCAUCCUGUGCCGAAUGAAGAACACGACCAAGAAGCCAGACUUCAGCAGUCAGCCGGCUGUGCACAAGCUGACCAAACGUAUCCCUCUGCGGAGACAGGUUUCGGCUGAGUCCAGCUCCUCCAUGAACUCCAACACCCCACUGGUGAGGAUAACAACACGCCUCUCUUCAACGGCAGACACCCCCAUGCUGGCAGGGGUCUCCGAGUAUGAACUUCCAGAGGACCCAAAAUGGGAGUUUCCAAGAGAUAAGCUGACACUGGGCAAGCCCCUGGGAGAAGGUUGCUUUGGGCAAGUGGUCAUGGCGGAAGCAGUGGGAAUUGACAAAGACAAGCCCAAGGAGGCGGUCACCGUGGCCGUGAAGAUGUUGAAAGAUGAUGCCACAGAGAAAGACCUUUCUGAUCUGGUGUCAGAGAUGGAGAUGAUGAAGAUGAUUGGGAAACACAAGAAUAUCAUAAAUCUUCUUGGAGCCUGCACACAGGAUGGGCCUCUCUAUGUCAUAGUUGAGUAUGCCUCUAAAGGCAACCUCCGAGAAUACCUCCGAGCCCGGAGGCCACCCGGGAUGGAGUACUCCUAUGACAUUAACCGUGUUCCUGAGGAGCAGAUGACCUUCAAGGACUUGGUGUCAUGCACCUACCAGCUGGCCAGAGGCAUGGAGUACUUGGCUUCCCAAAAAUGUAUUCAUCGAGAUUUAGCAGCCAGAAAUGUUUUGGUAACAGAAAACAAUGUGAUGAAAAUAGCAGACUUCGGACUCGCCAGAGAUAUCAACAAUAUAGACUAUUACAAAAAGACCACCAAUGGGCGGCUUCCAGUCAAGUGGAUGGCUCCAGAAGCCCUGUUUGAUAGAGUAUACACUCAUCAGAGUGAUGUCUGGUCCUUCGGGGUGUUAAUGUGGGAGAUCUUCACUUUAGGGGGCUCGCCCUACCCAGGGAUUCCCGUGGAGGAACUUUUUAAGCUGCUGAAGGAAGGACACAGAAUGGAUAAGCCAGCCAACUGCACCAACGAACUGUACAUGAUGAUGAGGGACUGUUGGCAUGCAGUGCCCUCCCAGAGACCAACAUUCAAGCAGUUGGUAGAAGACUUGGAUCGAAUUCUCACUCUCACAACCAAUGAGGAAUACUUGGACCUCAGCCAACCUCUCGAACAGUAUUCACCUAGUUACCCUGACACAAGAAGUUCUUGUUCUUCAGGAGAUGAUUCUGUUUUUUCUCCAGACCCCAUGCCUUAUGAACCAUGCCUUCCUCAGUAUCCACACAUAAACGGCAGUGUUAAAACAUGAAUGACUGUGUCUGCCUGUCCCCAAACAGGACAGCACUGGGAACCUAGCUACACUGAGCAGGGAGACCAUGCCUCCCAGAGCUUAUUGUCUCCACUUGUAUAUAUGGAUCAGAGGAGUAAAUAAUUGGAAAAGUAAUCAGCAUACGUGUAAAGAUUUAUACAGUUGAAAACUUGUAAUCUUCACCAGGAGGAGAAGAAGGUUUCUGGAGCAGUGGACUGCCACAAGCCACCAUGUAACCCCUCUCACCUGCCGUGCGUACUGGCUGUGGACCAGUAGGACUCAAGGUGGACGUGCGUUCUGCCUUCCUUGUUAAUUUUGUAAUAAUUGGAGAAGAUUUAUGUCAGCACACACUUACAGAGCACAAAUGCAGUAUAUAGGUGCUGGAUGUAUGUAAAUAUAUUCAAAUUAUGUAUAAAUAUAUAUUAUAUAUUUACAAGGAAUUAUUUUUUGUAUUGAUUUUAAAUGGAUGUCCCAAUGCACCUAGAAAAUUGGUCUUUUUUUAAUAGCUAUUUGCUAAAUGCUGUUCUUACACAUAAUUUCUUAAUUUUCACCGAGCAGAGGUGGAAAAAUACUUUUGCUUUCAGGGAAAAUGGUAUAACGUUAAUUUAUUAAUGAAUUGGUAAUAUACAAAACAAUUAAUCAUUUAUAGUUGUUUUUGUAAUUUAAGUGGCAUUUCUAUGCAGGCAGCACAGCAGACUAGUUAAUCUAUUGCUUGGACUUAACUAGUUAUCAGAUCCUUUGAAAAGAGAAUAUUUACAAUAUAUGACUAAUUUGGGGAAAAUGAAGCUUUGAUUUAUUUGUGUUUAAAUGCUGCUGUCAGACGAUUGUUCUUAGGCCUCCUAAAUGCCCCAUAUUAAAAGAACUCAUUCAUAGGAAGGUGUUUCAUUUUGGUGUGCAACCCUGUCAUUACGUCAACGCAACGUCUAACUGGACUCCCCAAGACAAAUGGUACCAGCGUCCUCUUAAAAGAUGCCUUAAUCCAUUCCUUGAGGACAGACCUUAGUUGAAAUGAUAGCAGAAUGUGCUUCUCUCUGGCAGCUGGCCUUCUGCUUCUGAGUUGCACAUUAAUCAGAUUAGCCUGUAUUCUCUUCAGUGAAUUUUGAUAAUGGCUUCCAGACUCUUUGGCAUUGGAGACGCCUGUUAGGAUCUUCAAGUCCCAUCAUAGAAAAUUGAAACACAGAGUUGUUCUGCUGAUAGUUUUGGGGAUACGUCCGUCUUUUUAAGGGAUUGCUUUCAUCUAAUUCUGGCAGGACCUCACCAAAAGAUCCAGCCUCAUACCUACAUCAGACAAAAUAUCGCCGUUGUUCCUUCUGUACUAGAGUAUUGUGUUUUGCUUUGGAAACACCCACUCACUUUGCAAUAGCCGUGCAAGAUGAAUGCAGAUUACACUGAUCUUAUGUGUUACAAAAUGGAGAAAGUAUUUAAUAAAACCUGUUAAUUUUUAUACUGACAAUAAAAAUGUUUCUACAGAUAUUAAUGUUAACAAGACAAAAUAAAUGUCACACAACUUAUUUUUUUAA